UUUUAAUUAGUCAAUUUACAGGUAAAGGAAACAACUACAAACUUAAGCUGACACAAAAAUGAGGAAACAUGAAUGGAGAGGAGCAUAUUCAGAGAACAAUUCCGAUACAGAAAGUAUAGCAAGUGAAAGGACAACUUUUAGUGAACCAUUACCCCUUAAUGCUGCUCCAUUUUCCAACAAAAGAGGCUCUAAAAAGAGUGCAACAUUCAAUCUUCCACCUGAAAUCACCACCAUGCCCAACUCUGCUGCUGAGGACGACGAAGAUGAGGGGUAUGUGGAAAUCACCCUGGAUAUCCGAGACGAUUCCGUGGCGGUUUACAGCUUUCAGGGAGGAAAUGAAGACCCUGAGUUAGCGUUGCUGUCUUUGAGAACUAUGGAAAACAAAUCAACGUCCCUUCGUUCGUCUUUGUUUUCCAACACGUCGGCUCGAAUCAAACAGGUUUCUCAAGAACUGAAACGUGUGGUUUCGAGACGAUCUUCUAACAGGAAAAUCGAUAGGACUAAAUCUGCAGCAGCUCAUGCAUUGAAAGGGCUCAAGUUUAUCACUUCCAAAACUGGGGCCUGUGGAAAUAUUGGAUGGUCCUUUGUCGAGAAACGGUUCAAUGAUUUAACUUCUUCCACGAAUGGCCUUCUUCAUCGUUCCCAAUUCGCCGAAUGCAUUGGGAUGAACCAGUCUAAAGAGUUUGCCGACGAGCUGUUUCAAGCACUGGCUCGACGGCAUAAUGUAAACGGAGGCUCAAUCCAUAAAAUACAACUCAAACGCUUCUGGGAUCAGAUUUCUGAUGAAAGCUUUGACUCUAGACUCCAAACUUUCUUUGACAUGGUUGACAAAGACGCUGAUGGAAGGAUCACUGAGGAAGAAGUCAAGGAGAUCAUCAGUCUCAGUGCUUCUGCAAACAAACUUGCUACUAUUCAGAAACAGGCUGAAGAAUAUGCAGCUUUGAUCAUGGAAGAAUUGGAUCCUGAUAAUGUUGGAUACAUCAUGGUUUACAACCUGGAAACUCUCCUGUUGCAAGCUCCAACUCAAUCUGUCAGGGUAGGAGAUAGUCGAGUUUUGAGUCAAAUGUUAAGCCAGAAACUCAAACCUACUCAAGAGAGAAACCCAUUUAAACGGUUGUAUCAGAAGAUGAAGUACUUUAUAAUGGAUAACUGGCAAAGGGUCUGGGUCAUGAUGUUGUGGCUCGCAAUUGUGAGCGGUUUAUUUGCUUAUAAGUUCGUGCAGUACCGUAACAAGGCCGUGUACGGUGUGAUGGGCUACUGUGUUUGCAUUGCCAAAGGCGGUGCAGAGACUCUUAAGUUCAACAUGGCUUUGAUAUUGCUACCUGUGUGCCGGAACACCAUCACUUGGCUUCGGAACAAGACUAAAUUGGGCGUUGUGGUUCCUUUAGACGAUAACUUGAAUUUCCACAAGGUUAUUGCGGUCGGAAUCACUGUUGGGGCGAUCCUACACGGUGGUGCACAUUUAACCUGCGAUUUCCCCCGGCUUCUUCAUGCAACGGAAGAAGAAUAUGAGCCUAUGGAACCCUUCUUUGGGGAAGAGCAACCUGAAAACUACUGGUGGUUUGUGAGGGGUGUUGAAGGUGUAACAGGAAUUAUAAUGGUGGUGUUAAUGGCCAUAGCCUUCACGUUAGCCACUCCUUGGUUCAGGCGCAACAAGCUUAACCUUCCCAAAUUCCUUAAGAAGCUCACCGGAUUCAACGCAUUUUGGUAUUCCCAUCACCUUUUCGUUAUCGUCUACGUUCUCCUCAUUGUUCAUGGCAUUUACCUUUACCUCACCAAGAAAUGGUAUCAGAAAACAACAUGGAUGUAUCUAGCAGUGCCGAUUACCCUUUAUGCAUGCGAAAGGUUGAUUCGAGCUUUCAGAUCGAGCAUCAAGGCUGUUAAAAUUCUCAAGGUUGCUGUGUAUCCUGGAAAUGUAUUGUCACUGCAUAUGUCAAAGCCCCAAGGAUUCAAAUAUAAAAGUGGGCAAUACAUGUUUGUCAACUACUCUGCUGUCUCCCCAUUUGAGUGGCAUCCAUUCUCCAUCACUUCAUCAACAGGAGACGACUACCUCAGCGUUCAUAUUAGAACUCUGGGUGAUUGGACAAGGCAGCUCAAAACUGUUUUCUCUCAGGUCUGUCAACCACCAGCUGCCGGCAAGAGCGGACUGCUCAGGGCCGAAGGAACUAACACUAGGUAUUUUCCUUUUCCCAAGAUUUUGAUCGAUGGUCCAUAUGGAGCACCAGCACAGGACCACAAGAAAUACGAUGUGGUUCUAUUGGUGGGGUUAGGAAUCGGUGCCACCCCAAUGAUAAGCAUCGUCAAGGACAUUAUCAACAACAUGAAAAUGGAAGAGGAUUCGACUCCGGAAGGAUCAGCAAUGGAGAAUGGGAAUUACAGUAACAAGAACAACAAAGGGUUCAAAACAAGAAAAGCCUACUUUUACUGGGUGACGAGGGAGCAAGGCUCCUUCGAGUGGUUCAAAGGAAUAAUGAACGAAGUUGCAGAGAUGGAUGAGAAGAAGGUGAUAGAGCUUCACAACUACUGCACCAGCGUGUACGAAGAAGGAGAUGCUCGAUCAGCACUCAUCACCAUGCUUCAAUCGCUUCACCAUGCCAAAAAUGGCGUCGAUGUCGUCUCCGGAACUCGAGUCAAAUCCCACUUUGCGAAGCCUAAUUGGCGUCAAGUUUACAAAAACAUUGCUCUUCGUCAUCCAAACGCCAGAAUUGGGGUUUUCUACUGUGGGGCACCUGCAUUAACCAAAGAACUACGUCAUCUAGCUUCGGAUUUUUCGCACAAGACAACCACAAAGUUCGAAUUUCAUAAAGAGAACUUUUAACAAAAAUCCCAACUCCUGUUUUCCGAUCUCAUUUUCGGUAGAUUCUAACGCUACGAAUCGAAAGCACUAAUGCAAUACAAGUGUAAUGAAAUAAAAUUGUAAUUUCAAUUAUUUAUAAUUGAAUGGAAUAAAAAUAAAAUUGUAAUAGUA